AUGGUGGCGCCAUGUGUGGAGUAUCAGUACGUGGCGACGAAGGGCUGCUGCGGGCUGGUGUGUAAAGCCGCUGACACCGCUAGAGACGGCGAGGUGCUGGCGGUGGUGCCGUGCCUGGCGUGCACCUCACCUUUCAUGGCCCUCGCAUCACCAUGGGGCCAACAGCUCGCUGCCGCUCUACGCACCUAUACCCUGGAGGAGAAUGGUGUGAGAGUGACGUACUCGAAGGAGGCGGCGCUAACAACGGCGUUCACAGCCCUCGCCAUGCAGCCGCGCAGCCCUCUCGAGGCGUACCUGCGCCAGAUGCGGCUGGAGGAAGGCGACUGUGCUUCCCUCACGGUUGCCUUGGGUCCGGAGAAGAUGGUGCACAUGAAGAAAAUCGACGUGUUGAAUAGCGUCGUGAUCGCGCACAUACACGAGGACCUGAGCCGCAGGCAUAUUCACGUGCCCAUGGCGGACCUCUUGCGAGCUCACCGAGCGUGCGCCAGCCGCUGUGUUGAUGUUCCAGGUGGUGAAGAGGUCUUUGGCGGACCAUCCUUGGUGCCGGUUGUGGAUCUCGUUAAUCACGGCAUCACCGAACCCAACGUGAUGGUGCACAUGGAAUCGACCCACCGUUUGGGCCCCUUGCUGCGGCGCCAUAGCCGCCUGAACAUCAUGGAUAACCUCGUGAAGGCCGACACCUUCUGUGUUGUGAUGCGGGCCACGAGGGACGUGAUGGGAGGCACCGAAUUCACGUACCCCUACGCCGACCCUGCCGAAGACCCAUCCUUGUACGCAAACAAGUUGUACUGGGCCUCCCGCUUCCGGUUUGUUCCGCCCGAUGUGACGUAG